AGGAAUCAAAUUUCAGAAACAAACUGAAAGAGAGUAAAACAGUCAUUGUAACAUCACGAUGAAAAUUCACUGAAAAUAAUUUAGCCUUAUGAUCAAAUAUUAUUAUUUAUGACCGUUGUUAUCGCCGCUCAGAAUGAAGUCUGACACCUUCAGGUUGGGCGAGGUUUUCUCCUAUGAGAGUUUAGUUCACGCUGUGUCAGGAGCUAUGGGAAGUGUGACUGCGAUGACUGUGUUCUAUCCUCUUGAUACUGCCAGAUUAAGGCUUCAAGUGGAUGAGAAGAGGAAGUCCAGAUCAACUCCGGCCAUUUUGGCUGAAAUUGUCAAAGAGGAAGGACUUCUGGCUCCAUACAGAGGUUGGAUUCUGGUCAUCUACAGCCUGUGCUGCUCCAACUUUGUCUACUUUUACUGCUUUCACAGCCUGAAGGCAAGCUGGCGGAGGGGACAGCAGUCAUCACCCAGCUCUGACUUAGUUAUAGGCAUUGUUGCAGGGGUUGUAAACGUUCUCAUCACCACUCCUUUGUGGGUCGUCAACACACGGUUGAAGCUUCAGGGAUCUAGGUUUCGCAGUGCAGACAUACGUCCUACCAACUACUCUGGGAUUCUUGAUGCGUUUGUGCAGAUCAUCCGAGAUGAGGGUGUGGGAGCACUGUGGAAUGGGACCUUCCCAUCCCUGCUUCUGGUUCUGAACCCUGCUGUCCAGUUUAUGAUUUAUGAAGGCCUGAAGAGGCAUCUGAGUAGUGAGCUUCACCAAGAGCUGACGUCUCUGGAAGUCUUUGUGAUUGGCGCCAUUGCCAAAACGAUUGCCACCAUUGUCACAUACCCACUGCAGACUAUACAAUCCAUCCUGAGGUUUGGUCAGUAUAACGAGUCUCUGGGCAAGUCGAAGCUAAUGUCCAGCGUAAGGACUGUUAAGUGUCUUCUGGUCAACAGAGUGAAAAAGUAUGGCAUGUUGGGCCUGUUUAAAGGUCUGGAAGCCAAGCUGUUGCAGACGGUGCUGACCGCUGCUCUCAUGUUUCUGUUCUAUGAGAAGAUUGCCAGCACAACCUUUAAAGUAAUGGGACUAAGCAACAAAUACCAGAGGAAACGCUAGUUACCACAAUCACAGAUCCUUCAUUGCAUUAAAGGAUAACUGCUCAGAGACUUUAACCUCUCCA